GAAAAUCUGAGAAAUGAACAAAUUACGGCAAAGCUUUAGGAGAAAGAAAGAUGUCUAUGUCCCAGAGGCCAGCAGGCCUCAUCAGUGGCAGACUGACGAAGAAGGUGUUCGUACUGGCAAGUGUAGCUUUCCUGUUAAGUACCUGGGACAUGUCGAGGUGGAUGAAUCCAGAGGAAUGCACAUCUGUGAGGAUGCUGUGAAGAGACUGAAAUCUUGACUUAAUUCACCGUUAUUAUACAAAACAUUACUUGAUUAAGGCUGCUUUUUUCUAAUGCACUGCAACAUUGUAGUCAUGCAUGAAAUAAUCUGGCUUGCAUCUGCUCAGAGUGGCCUGAAGGCUGCCUAAUUCUGAUAUGUCAUGAAGUGGGCUGCUCUUAGUUUGGCUUUUGUGAACGUUUGCUCCUGUAAAUGGCACUCGUUCAAAGCUCUUUGUAUUUCUGUGGCUCAUUUGAAGAGGUCUUGCCAUCUCUUUCCUGCAGUAGUCAUAUCACAAAAUCCUGCGGAAAUAGCGAACUUGAAAAAGUCCGUGAUCAGUCUGUCGAGGAACUGAGGCUGCAGCAGCGUUGAAGAGAACAGAAGGAGAAAGGACAUUGAAAGUCUGAAUGGAGAUAGGGAACUGCAGUCCUUUUCAUCGCUUCUCUUACGUGUCUUAGCUAUGUACAUUCUACAGCGAUGCCUUUAGUCGAAGAAACUCUUGUAUCCUUGUAGCUCAACAAAAAAAGUACACCAGACGCUUCUACUGCACCUUUGCUAGCUUAAGAUAUCUGCUACUGGACAUCGCUUUUUUCCUCACCAAAUGUGAGAGCUCAAAUGGCUUCCAGCUAAACCUGUUCUUCCCUUCUUCCUAGCACACAACAGAGGAUUAUAGGUUAUCUUUUCUUCCUUCUGUUGUGCUGUAAAGUUUCUGAAUUGGUUUAGUGCUCCGAUUAAAAUCAAGUCUUUUCAUUCUUUUCUCUCGCAGCUAAUGUAUAGCAACCUGUUAAAGCCGCGUCCCAUCUGUUCCCAUUCAGUCCAGCAGUGAUUGGUGAUUGAUUUUUAUUAAAAAGGGCCUCACAAAAUAUAAAUGAGUUCCUUUGUUCUGUGGGUUUAGUCGAUGUAGCUAAAAGUGCAAGUACUGGCCACAUAAUGAAUUGCAUCCGUUUUUGUCUCAUUCUGAUUUUUGUUCUAUCAGAAUACUUGCUAUUAGCACACCAAAUAACCUUGCAGUAUCUACUUCAUGCAACUUCUCUCAUUCUCUUCUCUGGGGAGCUAUGCUGUGAAGUAUUUGUUCUCUAGUUUUCUUAUAAACUUUAAGCCCACAAGCCAGCUAAGUGUAGCUAACCUUGUAAAUAAUGAGAUGCAGUAAAAGCAGAGUGCCCAGUUUCUUCUGGAAUCUGGAUAAUUCCAGGAUUGUGAUUCUUGAUCACCUUAAUUAUUGAUUCAAAUGUCAGAUUUGGAUAUCAAACUUUUACAGUGUGUUCUGUGGAAGUAAAUAAUUUCAUUUCCCUAUUCUGCGCUAUGUAAUAGUUCCAAAUUCCGAAUGGCACCAACUUACCCUUUCUCAUAAAUUCAGUGUUUUUCUUCAGAUAAUUUUGAUCUCUUCUUCUGUUUGAAGUUCUUGAUGUCUCGUUUACAUAGAGGCACGUCUCUUAGGAACGCUGUUUCCAUUGUCUCCUUUGUCAGUGUUGGAAGUUGAGAAGCAAAGGCAUAGUUCUCCUUGGGCCCUGAAACUACUUUGUGCACAUGAGUUGCCAGACUCCAUGAGAUCCAAGGUGCAUUUGGGGCUGCUCGCUGCAAUUCAACCCCUGCCCCCCACCCCAAGUGUUUGGGUUUUAAAUUCUGCUGUUACUGAAAGCUCUUUUUCUGUACAAUAUGCUCUCUUAAUUAGCAAAAGCCAGACCACUGGAUGAUGUUUCAGCAUGCAAGGAAUGUGAUAAGAAAACAGUUUGUUCUUGUGGUAGUCUCUUGCUUUCACAAUACAUGGUUAUUCUGAUGGGCUUUCUCUUGGUCUUGAAAGAAUUAGAAUUUUUUAGCUGCAGCGUUCAAACUGAAAGACUCUCUUAAGGGGAAUAGGACUUCACUUUUCCUAUGGUUAAACUAUAUCAAAAUGUAUGUGGCCUAUCUUAAUCUUUAUUGUUUUCUUUGCAGGUAAUAUGUAGGUUUUACAAAUCCAGUCAAUAAUUAAUAGUUCUGUUCUCUAAGACAGAAUUGUUGAAUAUUUGUAUCUUGUAGAUUCGAAAAGUUAAAUUCUGUCUGUCUACUUAUUUUCAUAGAUUUAUUUUUUCCUCUUGAUUCCUGUUCUCAAACGGUUGGCAAUUCAUUUGGGGAGCCGAAGUCUUGUUCUUUAGUGUUGACUAAUGGAUUUUACAACAUUUAAUGGGAUUUGUUGAGAAGAAUAUAAAACAAUGUUAAUCUUGGUUUUAGGAGUAGCUUAAUUUCUGCUUUGCUUUUUGAAAGAAAAGAUGCAAACAAAUAUUUCUGUCUCUUUAUUGUGGGAAAUAACCUUUCAGGGUUUUUUUUUAUUAGCUGCUCAUUAAUGUGUUGUAAUUGUUUUUGAGCACUGCAUCUUGCAGAACUUGAAACCAAGAUGAUGCUACCUACAGUAAUAGCGCUCGACUUGUCCCCCCUGUUCCUCCAGGAAAGGAAGUUCUUCAAAGGCUUCUUUGGAAAAUCUGGGAAGAAAGCUGUUAAAGCAGUCCUGUGGGUUUCGGCGGAUGGACUCAGAGUUGUAGAUGAGAAAACAAAGGAUCUUAUAGUUGAUCAGACAAUAGAGAAAGUUUCUUUCUGCGCACCUGACAGGAACUUUGAUCGGGCAUUCUCAUACAUCUGUCGAGAUGGCACAACGAGACGCUGGAUAUGCCACUGCUUUAUGGCUGUAAAGGACACGGGGGAAAGGUUGAGUCACGCCGUGGGCUGUGCAUUUGCAGCAUGCCUGGAGCGCAAGCAGAAGCGAGAGAAGGAGUGUGGAGUGACGGCCACCUUUGAUGCCAGCAGAACCACGUUCACUAGAGAGGGGUCAUUCAGGGUCACUACAGCUACUGAACAAGCGGAGAGAGAGGAAAUUAUGAGACAGAUGCCAGAUGCUAAAGCAGUUGAAACAGAAGCGAAAACAGUAGCACCAGGUGCGGCACCAAACAAUACUGCCCCCUCUUCUGGCUCACCAACCUCUCCUACUGCUGAAGCUGCUGCCUCUCUGGAUAAAGAAAUGAGCAAUCCCCAUGCUAUUCCCCGGAGGCAUGCCCCUAUAGAACAGCUUGCCAGGCAAGGGUCUUUCAGGGGCUUCCCUGCCCUUAGCCAAAAGAUGUCUCCUUUUAAACGCCAGUUGUCUUUGCGAAUAAAUGAGCUGCCUUCAACAGUGCAAAGGAAGACUGAUUUCCCCAUGAAAAACUCAGUCCCUGAGGUGGAAGGGGAAACAGACAGCAUUAGUGCCCUGUGCUCUCAGAUCACCAGUGCUUUCAGCACACCAUCAGAAGAUCCUUUCUCUUCGGCCCCCAUGACAAAACCAGUGACAGUAGUUGCACCACAGUCUCCUGCCUUUCAAGUUAAUGGCACUGCCUCUGCCUUCUGUGUGCUUGCUGCUAAACCAUCCCAAGCUGCUGUAAUGUCCACAGCUCUGCCAGUUCGGGAAACCAAUCCUUGGGCUCAUGCUCCUGCUGCUCAUACUGGAGCUGCAGCCGUGGUCACUGGUACUGAAUGGAGCAGCACCUCCUCAGGUGCGGCCUCACCAAGUCCUUUCCAAGGAAACCACAGACGUACUCCCUCAGAGGCAGACCGCUGGUUGGAAGAGGUCUCAAAGACUGUCAGAGCCCAGCAGCAGCCAGCCCCAGCCCCAGCCCCACAGCCACUCCUCCAGCCUCCUCCAGCAGCUUCCCAGUCAGCACCAGCCUUCCCAGUCAGCACCUUCAUUGCUCCUCAGCCUGUGCCGGUGGGUGUGGUGCCGCCCAUGCAGCCACCGUUUAUUCCAGCGCAGCCCUACGCCGUAGCAAACGGGAUGACCUACGCAGCCCCAAGCGUUCCUGUGGUGGGAAUCACACCUUCCCAGAUGGUGGCCAAUGUCUUUGGCACGGCGAGCCACGCUCCCGCAGCCCAUCCGCAUCAGUCACCCAGUCUUGUCAAACAGCAGACGCUCCCUCAGUACGAAAGCAACAGCGCUACCGCCAGCCCUUUCUUCCACCCGCCCGCGCAGCACAACGGCUCCGCAGCUUUCAACGGGGUUGAGGGUGGGAAAUGGGCUGCAGAGGACAAGCAUUCGCAGCCCCCCGCCGCUGCGCCACAGGUAGACCCCUUCGAAGCACAGUGGGCGGCCCUGGAGAGCAAGACAAAGCAGCGCACCAACCCUUCGCCGACUAACCCCUUCUCAAGUGAUUUACAGAAGACAUUUGAGAUUGAACUCUAAGCAGUCCCGGAGGGGGUGGAUAAAUUGUACAUUAGGAUAGAGGGAUAAAGGGAGCAGAGGGGACUGUUUCCGAUCAGUUUGCUUUGGUAGUCCCAAAGGUCCCUUCAAACAAAAAUGGGUUAGAAAGAGGGAGCAAUUACGGGAAGGAUAUAAACAUACAGAGAAUUUACCGUGCAGUUCUUAAGAAAUGCUGGAGCUGCCCCAGUCUGCAUUCCCUCCUCGCUUGGAGAGCUGGAAGUCAAACAGAGCAAAGAAAGGCACCCAGUCCCAAAGCCUGUCCUGCAGAAACAGCGAUGAUCUCACAGAAAGGGAGGCAGAUUUUGUACCCGAGUCCUCCCGAUGCCAUGUGAGUCCUGGACGUUCCCCCUCAGGGAAAAAUUGGGGUGGGGUGGGGGUGGAUAUGGGUGGGAGAUUGUCACCUGCUUAGCAAAAGCUGGGUUUGUGGAAAAAAAGUUGAGCUUCCAUUUUGAGUAACACAGUGAAUAUUAUAUGUAAAGAAUAAAGUAAAGCCAAAAUCUUUAUUUUUAUGCAUUUAGAAUAUUUUAAAUAGUUGGUUAUUAAAAGCUGUAUGAGUUGUAAGUAAUCUUGCCAAAGGUUAAAAACAAAGGGGGUUGGAUGUAAGAAAUUGUACAUAAGAUUGAUUUAUCUCUGAUUCUUAUUGUAAGUAAUAUUGGGGGGGCGGAAAAAGGGGCUCUAGCUUGUUCUUGUAUCUGUUCAUUGUAAGUAGCAUAUUGCAACAACAAUCACAACCCAGUAAGUCAUGAUAGUGUAGUUUUAAAUAAAGAAAAUUAAAGAACAGUAUUGUCAUGGUUUGAAAACCAUGGGGAAAAUUUACUGGUUUUUAUUGGAAUGAAGCUACAUGUUAUAUAUAGUAUGGGUUUUUUCCUUUCAUGUAUUGCUGCAGUUUUGUUGUCUUAAUCUAUUGGUUCUAACACUACUGUGACAACUUACUGUAAUCAUAUCUACAUCCUGGGGCUACCUGGGAAACCAUUUUAUGUUUGUCUGUCAAUAGAUCUUAGAGGUUUUUAACUUUGUUUUUAUUUUUUUUCCCACUGAUUUGUGAAACCUUGUGGUUAAGGCUGCAGCUGCUCCAGGUUCUGCCUCUGGUGACUUGUGAAAACCAUCUCAUUUAAACUUUACUUUUAAACUUUGGCCUUACAAGCAAAUGUAAGUUAUAUAUAUUUGUACUGAUGAUUUAUAAUCCGCUUUAACAAGAAUAAAUGUUGGUGGUAGAA